CUUAUGUACAACACUUUGUCUUCAAUGGGAACCAGAGAUUAUAGCAAUUUCAUUAAUAUAUCUAGCAUGUAAACUGAGUAAAUUAGAAAUUAUAGAUUGGCAGGAUCGUACUCCAAAUCAAUUACAUUGGUGGGAUAUGUUUGUUGAAGGAUUGAACAAGGAUUUAAUUGAAGAUAUAUGUCAUCAAAUUUUAGAUGUUUAUUCAAUUCCAAAUAAGAAAACACCACCAUCACUUCCAUGUCAGGACAAAUCAAUUGUUCCAAAAAAAGUUGUACCCUCAAAAUCCAGUAAUCAGAAACUAUUGUUGCAAAAAAAUGUUGAUAAAUACAUGCUCACAUCUGAACAAGAGAUAGAAGCAGCUAUAAACAAACAUGUGAAAUUAAUGACUACAUCAGAUACUUUGCCGGCCAAGAAAUUAUUACCCAUGCCACCAGGAAUUAAACCAUCAAUUUUUAAUGUUACACCAAAACCGCAAAAUAUUCAAAAACCAUUUUUGCCAUCACCACCCUCAUCACCAAAAUUGUUAUUAGAACAGUCAUCCAUAAAAAGACCUCCUCGACUUCAAUCAACAAGACCACCACUGCCUACAUUGCAACUAGCACCACUCUCAUCGCUACCACCUCAUCCACUAGCACCAAAUCAAAUGUUAAUGCCACAAGGUGUUACUACUCAAUUGCUACCAUUCACCAUGCAACCACAACCAUAUGGUUUUCUUCGGAUGAACCCUUAUCCUACACUUUGGAAUGCAGCUCAAUCGUAUGCAAACUUUAUGUUUUCUCUGUCUCCGAACAUGAUUUCUUCAGUGCCUGGACAGUAUCACCCACAUGAAACUCAGCCUCAACAUAAAAACAGACAAGUUCAACAUCAUCCAUAUCAAAGACGAUAG